AUGACGCAACGACAGCAGCAAGUCGCUCAAAACGUCACCAGUCGGUACUUGAAGAAGGCUAGCCUCCAGCAGCUCCUUGAGAAGAUCUUCCCGGGGCACACUGAUUUUGAGAUUGAGAUGAGGGAUGAUGUUUGGCAUUUCAAGGCGCCGAAGGAAGUUGAUGCCGUAUUGCGGUUCGAGAUCAAUGACUUUGACCGAUGGGGGGGACCUUACCUGUCACACCGGCGUUGUCCCGCAACGUCCAUGGCGCCGACGCAAUCAGAGUGCUUCGUCAAAGAUGUCAUCGAGCCCAUCCGCAUCUGCAGCGUAACGCGCCUGCCAGCGGAGGGCGGUAGUGAUGGUGAGAAGGAGAGGGUCGCCAAAGUCAAGCACCAGCAGCGUGCCAUCGUCAACUUCGACGAGCUGAGCAUAUGCCUAGAAGACAUACAGAGCCGCAGCGAGGAGCAUAUCCAUCAUUUCAUCUCAAUCUGCCAGCGCAACUCAUGGAGGCCUCUACAGAUCACCCUCCCCAUGUUCGAGCUCAUCAUGGAGAAGCUCAGCUUGAACAGCUCGUUACGGGAUAUCGUCUCGUGCUUCUACACGCGGAACAUGAACGUGGAAGAGGUGUUUUGUAUGCCGUAUACCGAGCGGCGAAAGGGAUCCGUGGUCGAAGCAUCGUACACAAUUCGAUACCCCGAGUACAAAUCCGAAGAGGACACGUGGGUGAUUCGUCAGACGGGUGUAUACCACCGCUUCGACGCGGCGUCCCGUCAGAGUCUCUUCGUCAUGAUCAACCCGAUGCCGAACUCACAAGCCAGCAACCGAGCCAUCGAAUGGCUCUCAGGCAGGAAUAGCGCAGCAGGCUCCGAGACCGAGACGCACGAUCAUGUCUGGCUGCAUAAACUCGUCUUCGAGACAUACUUGCCCGCGUGGAGGUUCUACAUUGCUUCAAUGGAACGGCAGUUUCUACCGUUGUCAUACAAAACACUAAUCAACUUCAUCGACGAACCUACCACAAUGAAACCAAGCCAUCUCACAAAACUAGCCAGCCUCGCGAACCGGUUCCAGACAAUCUCAUCAAUCUUAGAAUCGUCCGAGGAGACGCUAUCGGAGCUAUCUGCCCUCUGCACCCACCGUCUGGUGCUGCCAAAGGAAUCACCCAUGAAGAAUGCAGACAACGAAGUAGUACAAGAAUCAGCAUCAGAGUUUGAAAACUUCCGCCGCCAGUGCAGAGCCUUCUCGCGGACGGCGACGGACCUGCACCACCGCGCGCAAACGACGUCGCAGCUGCUGGCUAACACGCUCUCAUUCCGGGAACAGCUCGAUUCCAGGAAGCAGAAUGAGAACAUGUUGAGAUUGAAUAAGUCGGUGGUGUUUAUUACUACACUGACGCUGCUUUACUUGCCGCCUUCGUUUAUAGCUGUGAGUACAUUCUUUGGAAUGAACUUUUUUAACAUGGACACUGUGACUGGCAAGAUUGUCGGCAGUCCGAUGAUUUGGAUAUAUGUGCUCUGCUCUGUAGCGCUCACGACGCUAACCUUUGCGACGUACUACACGAUGCGUGAAGGAAGCUACCUCAACGCUAAGAUAUUGGCGAUGAGAGACCUGGACUGGCGCAGGUUGCCGUAUCGUAGGCAGCACGACGACAAGGACGUCGAGUUAAAUAGCCUGGAGGUUUAA